AUGUGCUCCUUCGCCCCAGCCGUCGCGUUCUUCCUGGCCCUCACCGACGUAAUCAAUGUCCCCAUAGGCGCCCGCGAUAACCUCGCCGAAGGCGCAUCCUUAUUCAUGGUUGAGGUCUCCGAGACGGCACACGUCCUUCGUGCCGCUAUGCCGCGCUUGCUCGUCAUCCCCGACGAGCUCGGUCGCGGCAUCUCGACCCACGACGAUGCCGCCAUCGCGCACACCGUGCUCGACCACGUUGUCCGCGAGAACAAGUUCAGGCCAGUGAGGGUAUGCAAAGACUAG